AUGUUAAAUUCCAGUUCAGAUCCCAUUAAAUCUGCAUUGGCUGCUGCACGAAAGACUGUUCGCGAUGCUGGUGGAAGGAAAAAAAAUCAAAGUUCCACGUAUUAUACUAAUGCCGCCGAAAGUGGGAGUGAUCUUCCAAAAUCUUCACCGUGGAAAAAUGAAUCAGCAAUUAUUAAUCUCGAUGAUAAGACUGGACCUGGAACUCAUUGGGUGGCAUAUAAAAAACGUGAUUAUCCUCGCAUAAUUGUUAAGGCCAAACAUGAAUUAAUACUUACUCGUUUAAAUACCGAUCUUAAUGCAAUUGUACAAGCUACAGCGGAACCUGAAGAGACGAUCACGCUUAUAAAAAUUGAAUGGAUCAUUCCUUAUGUCACUGUUGCAGACAUAAAAAAAGUAGAAUUGUUAAGUUACAUUGCAAAAGAUCCACCGAUUCCAUUGAGUUUCAUAUCAUGGGAAUUAUAUGAAUAUCCAAUGCUGCCGAACACAACCAAACACGUAUGGGUCGUGAAAACAUCAACUCAAUUGGAAAAGCCCCACUAUGUUAUAUUAGGAUUUCAAACUGCACGCAAAAAUGAUGCUACAAUAGAUGCAAGUCAUUUCGAUCAUUGUUAUUUAAGGGAUGUAAACCUUUUCCUCAAUUCACAAUGCUAUCCAUAUGGGAACAUGAAUCUUGACAUAAGUCACAAUCAAUUAGCCUUAUUAUAUGAUAUGUAUAGAGAUUUGCGAACAUCAUAUUAUGAUAAAGAAGUAGAACCUCUACUCACGAAAAAAAAAAAAUUUAUAGAUAUAGCACCACUCGUUGUAAUCGAUUGUUCUAAACAAAACGAAUCCAUAAAAUCAGGACCAGUUGAUGUUUCAUUGGAGUUCGAAUUAUCGAAAGCUUUUCCUGCUAACACAUCAGCCUAUUAUUUGAUCUCACAUGAUCGAAUAAUAGAGUAUAAACCUUUAAGUGCGCAAAUGAGAAAAUUAACAUAA